UCUUGGAUCCUUUCCUUCCGAUCAACCUUCGUUGGAGCAACACACCAUCUUCCUCCUCGCAAGAUGGCCCUCCUCCAACCUCCGCCCCUCCCCGUUCGUCCCCUCGACAGACCAACACAAAAGCAUCUACACAACGUCUACCUCUCCCUGCGCCGCGGUCAGCUCCGUGGCUCGACUAAGGUAGCCCAUGCAACGGCUACAGCGCUGCGCAGAGUCAUCAGCGGGGCAAAGUUCAGCACUCUCGACGACCUCAGCAACGCAAUCAGAUUGACCGGAGCAUGGCUUCAGGAUGCGAGGAGAGGCGAGCAGUGUAUCACCAACAUCACGUUGAGGACAUUGCAUUUGCUCGCGGAGGAGGCGGGAGCCUUGAUGGGUCCGCAGCACCACCAGCAUGGCGGCUCCUCCCUCGGUCCCUCAAGGUCGGGCUCAGUCUUUCCCCCUUCCACACCUGCAGCACCUGCUAGUCUCACACCUUCCGGCUCCUUCAUUGGCGGCGAACGCCCCGCUGUCUCCUCGCCCCUCUCUUCCCCUCCAGCAACAACGGACGGCUCUCGACCGCCCUUCCUCUCAAGGGACUCGCGCUAUUUCGCUCAAGGCUCCACCUUCUCCAUUUCGGAUUUGGUGGCAGCAGGGCAGAACAGCAGCAGCAGUGCUGCGCCGUCCAUGCCGGGGAGCGUGUAUGGUAGUGGAGCGAAUACGCCUGCGCUAGGCGGAUCUUCGCAGGCCUCAUUUGGAUUUGCGGCUAGCAGCGCAGCAGGGCCAGGAAGCUUCGGAGCUCACACGAGAGACGUCAGCUUCGCGUCCGCUUCAGAUGCGCUACACGAGGAGGAUGGCGAGGAGGAGGAUGAUGAGGCGCAGACGGUUGGCGAAGAAGACGAAGAUGAGGACGACGAGGACGACGAGGAUGAAGAUCCAGAAGAGACGCUGGACACCGACGUCAAGCCCUCGACCGGCCCCUCUGGUAGCGUCAACGCCGCUGAGCUCAAGCCUCUCCUGAUUCAAGCAGUUCAAGAGCUCCUCGACGAGCUUGAGUCCACACGCACAAAUAUCGCCCGCGACGCAAGGGAUCAUAUUCACGGAGGAGAGACGGUCCUCACGCUCGGCCACUCGCUCACCGUAGAGGUGUUCCUGAAGCAGGCGGCGAAGGAUCGCACAUUUACUGUGCUCGUAGCAGACAAUGGCUCCUCCGCCGCAGCAACUCGUCUGGCGAAGCAGCUGCCUAAGGGCAUCCAAGUCGUCUCGAUCCCACACAGCAGCAUUCACACCCUCCUCCCCCGCGUCACCAAGGUCUUGCUCAGCCCACACGCCGUCCUAGCCAAUGGCGGCCUCCUGGCUGCACCAGGAAGCGCGGCGGCUAGUAUGGCCGCCAAACUGCAGGCCACUCCCGUGCUGGCGCUGACGGGCCUGCAUAAGUUGUGUGCUGAUUGGCGAUGGGUUGCCAUUGCGAGCUCGUCAGCCACUUCAGGCGCCGCAGGAGGUGAAGGUUUCGGCGGUUCGGCCGGUCAAACAGCCUCUUCAACCUCGCUCGCUGGCGACUCCUACUCUCGUCCUUCGCUGAGUCUUGACCAUCUCACCUCUACAGAGGACGGCGAAUCGUUGUCGGCGGCCAAACACCUACUGACCAGCGAGUGGGACUAUGUCGAGCCGAGUGGUGUGGAUGUGCUUAUCACGAACACGGGAGAGUACCCGGGAAGCUAUGUCUACAGGCUGCUGGAUGAGAAUCAGAGUCUGGCACACACGGCCGCCGCCGUCCCGGGCGCGGGAGAGGGAAUGUAGGCGCCGCGCAUGGCAGAGGUAGCAGUGAGGGCAUGCUAGAUGAUGCAAUAGAUUACACAUGCUCAUCCGGUGAAC